AUGCACUCUUGGUAUCCCCGAACUUUCAGGGACACAGCAUACGUUGCGAAACGGAUGACUUUCAAGCUGCCUUCUUUCAUUGAUCAGAGCCAGCCACCUAUCAAGCUUCCCGUCUCACGUGAUGUUGCCGAUCCUUCUUUCGUCAGCCUGAAACAGGCCGGACCUUCGCAGGCUUCCCUUCCUGCUUUGACCGCCUCUACUUCAAAGCCACAACCCAACGCGAAAUCGAGUCUCUCGUCAUCUCAAUCCCAAUCUCGGGCAACUUCGGAAAAUCUCAAGUCCCAUAGCCUGACCACGAAGUCUAAGGGUCGGCUGUCCAAUGAAGCGUUAGCAAAAGGAUGGGGAAUUGAAACUUCCCACAAGCGGGUCUCGAGUCACGGAACUACACGUGUGACACGUCCAUCUUUGGAAGCUGGUUCAUCCGGCUCAAGCAAGAAGCGAGGAAGACCUGAACCUACAGGUGAUGACGAGGCGGCCUCCUCUGCUGCACCACUGGCUUCUGCCAAGGUGGGGUCUGAUACUGCGGACCAAGGUUUCCAAAAAGGGAGCAAAUCCAAAAAGGCUCCACCGGCUCGGCCAAAGUCUCGAACCGAAAAGAGCCAGUCUACACAAUCAGCAGACACGGAUAUCAUAUCACGGAAAGACCAAAAAUCAAAAGCAGUAAAUGAUGACCUAGUUGGGUCCAGAGACUUCAAAGUCACCUCCGCAAUUUCACCUCAUCUACCAACAUCAAAUCUCAGUACUUCUCCAGAGAUUCGCAACAGGCGGAAUAUGACUGAACUCUCAAAAGAUUCAAGUGUACCCUUGAGGGAAAACACGAACCGCAAAAAGCGAAAAGUCAGUCAACCCACGCAAGAUGAUACUCAGCUUUCCGACGCCAAUAAGGACGCUGCUUCCUCAUCGACGGAUCAUUCGCAACCGAAAGCACGUAAAGACGAAUCCCGAACCAAUCAAAAUCAUUUAGAGCUUCAGCCUACGGGCAUCAUCGAUGCCAAAUCUCGCAAUUUCUCGAAUAGUAAUUCAAGGACAACUACACUUACAAAGAAAGAGAAAAGGCCUGAGUCGAACAAGAUACCUAAUCUGCCGAACCGUGGCAUCGAAGCAAAUCGAUCAAACAUGCCAUGGAAGCCUCUAGAUUCGGUGGAUAGCCCAGUCACGCCCGCAUAUGCCAAAGCUUUUCCUAGUUUGACAUCCACCCUUCAAAGAACUAUCGCCUCACCCGCUGAUCCUAUUGUGAACAGGCGUCUUUCAACACAGCUUUCAGAUAUCACCAAUACGAUUCACUCGGCACGACCAUCAGGCACGCUUACUACUACUACCCAGACUUCUAAGAAUCCUGAAAAGGAGGUAGUGCGCAUUAGCAAAACGGUGAAGAAGGGCACGGCUAAACUUGACCCGAUGGUUAAGUCUUUGGAACAGGAAGAAUCGCUCGCGCUUUCUGAUCGAGGCAAAAGGCUUGGAGAACAACAUCAGCAGGCCUCAAGCAGUGAUACAACUCAAAUGGCUGAGGGUACCUCUACCAAGCCGCAGGCAUCCAUUAACGAUGAUAUCAGUGCUUCUGACGCAGCUCAUGUACGGCCGCCACAAAAUAAGGGACGAAGUGUAAUCAAGGAUCUUCGCAAAAACAGAUCGGAAAGUCCGGAUACAGUCGAUAGUGAUGUCGGCACCCAUCGACCUCACGUCGAGAAUUCGACAUCCUUAAAUGCUGGAUCAGCUAGCGGAUCUACCACCAACAAGCGAUCUAUUGACCCUUCUCCGAAAUGGUCUGCUUUGGAUACUGAAGUUCCUCAACCGAAGAAAUUGAAGAAGCUUGCUCACAAAGUUUUUACGCCAGGCAAACCAUCUGGUAAUAAGGGACAUACGACACGAGACCGACCGGAUGAAGUACCUCCUGUAGGUCUAACAAUGCACUCGAAUCAAGCUAAAAAUACUUGUAAUGAAGAUGAAUUAUACGUUGUUACGGACCGAUUUGUGGAUGAUGAAGAUCUGGAAGAUUUGGAACCAACUCAAUCAAAUGAAAACUCGAAACUUUUGAUCAAGAUUAAAAAUCAAUUAAAUCCACCUGAUAUAGUAUGGAUUUCAAUUAGGAAAUUAUUACAAGAUGAAAUUGAUAAUCUUCCAAAAAGUUAUGAAAUCGAGAAUCAUGAAUCAAAAGAAAAAGAAUGGUUAGAAAGAGUUUAUGAUCGAUUUAAGUUACGAAUGAUGGAAUAUUCUGAAGAAAUCAUUAAACAUGGUUUAUUAAAGUUAAAAUUACAAAAAUUAAUCGAACAAGAGAAAACAGAGAAGAAAACAAAUGAAGAAGUUCAAGAGAAUGGAGUAACUCAAGUACCUCUUUCAUCUUCAAGUUUAAAAAAUCAAGGUCUUGAUGAGAAACCUAAACAAAGUCGACCGUUUAAGAAAGAUAAGAAGAUUAAUGUUUCAGCUGAAGUUGAUGAUCUGGUUAACAAGCCUACCAAAAAUCUUUCAAAUGUUUCUAAACCUAUCAAAACUAGUAAACCUAAUAAAAAUCGAGGAAAGUCAAAUUCAAAAACUAAGAAAGCUAAAUAA